GCAGGUUUUGUCGAGAGAGUCUCGAGCGGGAAGAUGGAAACAGGUUACGUCGAGUGUUUGUUAUGAAGACAUUUACAAACAGUAGAGGCAUUUAACACACCGUUGUGUUUUUAGUUCAGCGUUUUAAUUAAGGAACACUUAUUAGUAAUGCUGCCAUAUGUUGGGGGUAUAACUAGCUGGUAUAGCCGGGUUUAGGGCUGUAACACGGUUAACCGUUGGAAGUAAAAGCUACAUGAUGAAGCACGACACUUUCUCACAGUGUAAGGACAGAGAUUCAAAACUGGACGGACAUACUAGUGUAUCAUCUAAAAUCAAAGUUAAAGCCACAUGCGAUGCUCUUCAGAACAAACCUUUUAAAGGGAGAAUAUUUUACUUGGAUCUGCCAUGGAAUAUGAAAACACAACGCUUGGAAAAUGACAUCAAAACACUUGGUGGUACAGUGGAAAAGUUCUUCAGCAAGGAGAUCAAGUAUCUUGUGUCCAGUAAGCCGGAGGCCCGUUAUGCCCAGCGUCUCCUGCCGGAAUCUCCUGCUCCCAGUCCUGAUUCUGGUGUCAGCUCUCCUCAUCCCAGCAGCAGGAGAGAAAGCCAUGGGCACAGGGGCAGCUCUCAGGGAGUCACGGAUACGGUGGCUGUAAGUCGAGGCAAAUCCCUUGUGGAGAGAGUCGUUAAAGAACAAGAACGUGUUCAGAUGAAUGGGAUCUUGGCCAAUGCUCUGGAAUGGGGGGUCAAAGUCCUGCAUGUUGACGAUGUUGUUUCAUAUGUUGACAAGAAGAAAGCAAAACUCAUUGCAAUGAACGCUGCUAACCCAGUGGUGAAAAGAGCUGCCAGCAUUCAGCACACAGAGAAAAAUACAUAUCACAAACUCAAUGCUGGAAGAAUUUGUCGUCCAUUUGUGAAAGUAGAGGACUCAAGCAGGCAUUAUCGUCCCAUCUACCUUCCCCUGUCCAAAAUGCCCGUGUGCAACCUCCGGUCUCUUCCACCCUGCUGUCCAUUCCUGAUGGAUGAACAUGGGAAAGAAGAUCCAAAGAAGAGACCGAAAGAGCCAAGGUCUGGAGGGGAACGAGGACCUCGAGGAAAGAAGGACAGGCGCAGAGGAGAUGCAGGGCAAGAGAAAAGGAAAGGAGGGUACUGUGAGUGCUGUGAGGUCAAAUUCAACAACCUAAAGAUGCACCUAGAGAGUGAGCAGCAUCAGACUUUCUCUAAGAGUGAGGAGUACACAGUUGUAGAUCGAGUCACUGCUGGGCUGACCUGUGACCUUAUUAACAUUGGCAUGCACAGCAGAAGGGUGAAAUGCAGUACAUCAACCCCUGUUCUGUGUGCUGGAGCUAUGUUGCCUUUAAAGGAAGAUGUGGGAUCUGUAAAUGUUGAUUGGAAACAUGAAAGCGAUGAGUCUUUGCCUUGGAGCUCUACAUCAAAGCAACCUCUUUCAGAACAGACCAAAGAAAAACCUCUGUCAGUUCGCAAACGCAACAGGGGCCAGUGUGAAUACCCUUUGAGCAAUCGGGACAGCUUUUUCGACCAAUCUGACGUUCUGGAGAAGUCCCAGUCUAAGCGUGGAACCUUUGCGUGGGAAUUCCACUCACAAUCUGCUGUGCGGAAAUCUGAAGGUGCAUCUUUUCUCAGCAGAGAGCAGAACUGUGACUCUAAUGCACCUGAAUGCAGGACAGACCAACAAACUUGGACAAACCCUGACAUGUACACCGCUCAACAGUUCAGGGAAAGAAACCGAGAAUCAUUAACAAGAUUUGAGUGCUUUAGGACUAACUGCUGUGAAGUUUAUUUGCAAAGUAUGCCAGAAAAUCAAGUUGAAAAUUCAGCUCUUUGGCCUUCAGGCAACACAGAACCCGAACCGGACCUCGAUAGCCCCAAUGAUUCACUGCAACGAAAGGUUCGGAAUGUCAGAUCCAGAAGAAGAAAGCAAGUACCAGCCCUGCACAUUGACUCCGUGAGUAAAGAGAGAGAAUCAAUGAGCUCUCUUACACCUGUUAAACCUGUACUAGAGUCCAAGAACCCACCUGAUUAUCUCCUGGACCUGUGGCAGCUCUUUCAGUCCAGUGACAACAUGGAUGAAGACUUUAAGGGUUUUUCAGAUUAAAGCUGUGUAGAGGAAUUUAACAUUUAUGUAUUUGUUAUAAAAGUUAUUAAUGUGCCAAAUAAUAUAUAUUAAUGAAUCUAUUUUCUUUCAGCAAUAUGAUGGAAAACUGCAUUCUUACUAUACAGGCUUUAAAAGAACGUAUAGGCUGAAAAAUACCUGCUGACUUUAUACAGGAAAGAAAUGUGUGGAGAUACUCAGCAAGUAUGUACAUUUAAUGAGUGGAUGUAAUUGAAUAAUAUAGCAGCAUGAGAUUUUCUUGAAAUGUUUUCCUGGUUCCUGUAUUAAAUUGCUAAUUAUUUUUUUUACAAUGGUUUAGGUAUUGUUUUUUUUAUUAUUAUUAUUUUAUCAUGGUUUACAAGCACCAGUGUUUUGCAAAAACGUGUGUGUGUGUGUGUGUGUGUGUGUGUUUCUGAUUUGCCAUGGGCUUCUGUUUAUCAGUGCAUAAUGUGUGAUAAGUACAUUAGGGGGUGUAUUCAUAACAUCUGUAUGAGAAAGUAUUUUUCCAUUACCAUCAGUGUUUCAAGAUUUUCUCAGACCGAUUAAUAUUUUAUAUACACUACUGUUCAAUCAUUUUGGGCUGGUAAGAUUUUUUAAUAUAAUGAAUACAUUUAUUCAGCAAGGUGCAUUAAAUUCAUCAAAAGUAAUAGGAAAGACUUUUGCAUAAAAUCCCCAAAAGUUUUAAAGAUAUUAAGGAGCACAACUGUUUUCAGCACUGAUAAUAAAAUGUUUUUUUUUUUCUUGUGCAGCAAAUUAGCAUAAUCAGAAUGAUUUCUGGAAUAUCACUUGAGACUGAAGAUUUGAGUAAAGAUGCUGAAAAUUCAGCUUUGCCAUCAGCAUGAACUAGAUUUCAUGAAUUAUAAAUAUUAACUUGUAAACAAUUACUUUCAAAAAAAUGAAGCAUUGAUGUGCA